GUCUCUGUCUCUCUCUCUCUCUGUGUCUCUCUCUGUCUCCUCUCUCUGUCUCCUCUCUGUGUCUCCCUGUCUCUCUCUCUCGUCCUCUCCACGUUACUAUGGCCGGGUCCAGGCGACCCGGCGAUCAGAACGCUGCGUUUGAUGAAGUGAUGCUGAUGAUGGUGGUGAUGGUGAUGGACAUCUUGAAACAUUGAUGUAGUGGCUAUGGGUGACUGGGCCUCCCUGGGCAAGGCGCUGGAUCUUGUCCACGAACACUCCACCGCUGUCGGCCAAGUUUGGUUGCCACUCCUGUUCGUCUUCCGUGUGCUCAUCCUUGGGGCGGCCGCCGAGAGUGUGUGGAGUGACGAGCAGGUGGACUACAGGUGUAACACGCUCCAGCCGGGCUGUGAGAACGUCUGCUAUGAUGCGGCGUUCCCCAUCUCUCACGUGCGCCUGUGGAUGCUUCAGAUCGUCUUUGUGUCUUCCCCAUCGCUGCUCUACGCCAGCCAUGUGCUGCACUCGCUCAGGGCCGCUCAGAAGCAGCAGGAGCUGCUGACCAGGGGGAGGAUCGUCACAGCGGCGACGUCGAUGAUGAGGGGGAUGAGUGGGAUGAGGAGGAGUGAGCCCGGCCGCACCGCCUUGGGGGACGAUGUCGAAGCCGGGACCACGGAGGCAGCAUCCUGGACGUCGCCCGGGGAGAAGGGCGGAGAGAUGGAGAAACAACAACAACAACAUCAACAUCAACAACAACAACAACAUCAACUACAACAACAACAACAUCAACAACAACAACAACAUCAACUACAACAACAACAACAACAACCUGCCCAUGAUCACCACGGCGACAGCCACAACAAACCCAACCACUGCCACCGUGACCCCCAUCACCGCGACCCCCAUCACCGUGACUACUACCACCUCGACCACCAUCACCACCACCGUGACGGUGACUACCACCGUGAUGAUCACCGUGAUGAUCACCGUGAUCACCAGCACGGUGAUCACCACCACCGUGAUCACCAGCACCGUGAUCACCAGCAACGUGAUUACCAGCACCGUGACUACCACCAGCACCGUGACAAGCACCGUGACGACCAGCACCGUGACGACCAGCACCGUGACCACCAGCACCGUGAUCACCACCAGGACCACCACCACCACCAGCACCGUGAUCACCACCACCACCAGCACCGUGACUACCACCAGCAGCACCGUGACAAGCAGGGCGACGCCGUGGCGGUGCUGGCGAUGGAGGACGGCGAUGACUGCGGCUAUGUUGGAGUCUUCAGCCUCGCCGGCAGCGGCGGUGUCGGUGGUGGUGGUGGAGGUGGUGGUGGUGGUGGUGGUGGUGAUGGUGGUGGUGUUGGUGGUGGUCCUCCUCCACCGCCUCCCCCUCCUCCGCCGCUUCGCCUCCGCGGCGCCCUCCUCCGCUCGUACCUCUGCAGCGUGGCUCUGCGAGCGGCCCUCGAGGCGGCCUCCUCAGCGGCGCAGUACUGCCUCUACGGCCUCCGCCUGGACCCGCUGCACCGCUGCGGGCGGCCGCCGUGCCCGGGGGCCGUCGACUGCUUCGUGUCGCGCCCCACCGAGAAGAACGUCUUCGGCCUGCUCAUGUACGCCCUCUCGGCGCUGUCGCUGGCGCUCAGCGCUGCAGAGGUGGCCCACGUCGUCCUGGGGCGGUGGCGACGGCGACAGCGGCGGCUCCGGCGGCUCAGGCUGAGGCUGAGGCUGCUGAGCGGCGGCGGCGGCGGCGAUGGCGGCGAUGGCGGCGUGGUCGUGGUUCGGUUGCCGUCGCCGCUGCCGGGGGCUUCGGCCGCCGCCGCCGCCGCCGCCGCCCCAUCGGAGUCUCCGUCGGAGUCUCCGUCGGCGGCAGUGGCGGCGGCCCCCGGCUCUUCGCCGCGGGCGGUGGCUCGCUCGCCCACGUACGAGACCGUCGGCCGAGGCUCGGGGCCCGGCGCUCCGGACAGCCUGGGCUCGCCUGCGCGGCCCGGCCCGCCGGGGAGCGACAGCGGCUCCGGCGGUGGCCGGCAGCGGCGGAGCCCGAGGGAGGACGACCUCUCCGUGUGA